ACAGAAGCUAUUCAGUAUCAGAGUGCUAUGGUGAAACAUUAGCCCCUGGCCACGCAACUCAGAUAGCCGUCACUAGGGGCUGGGAUAUCUACGUUCUUUCUUUUUUUGCUUUACAGGCAUCGUGGCCAAGGUCCCUCCUUGGCCUUGAGAGGGAGAUGGUGAGCCACAGCAGAAGGGAAGCUGGUGAUCAUCGUAACAGUGUAGUGAUCUGUACACUAGUGGUGUAUUCAGUUUGCUGAUUCCAUGCUCCUGAGAGUGUCAGUGGUUCCAUGGAGUAGUCUCUGCUAAAGUGAUCUCAGCAUUACCAGUCCACCAUGGCACUUAUAUUAGCAAGGUGCCACCUAAAUCCAGUCUAAAUUCAAGCCUUUUAAAAUGACAUCUGCUUGUGAUCAACUUUCAAGACCAUCUUUGUCUCCUACUGCUAUUUUACAACCAGAGCACAAAGAGAAGAAAAAGCAGGGCAAAUUCCAAACAUUCAGGAAGCUGUUUGGUAAAAGAAGGAAAGUACCACCAACAUUUGCUGAAAGAGUAAAUCUAAAAUCCUGUCACUCGUCUGGGGAUGUUCGAAAUGGCAUUGGAUUAGCUACUGAGGAGUCAGAAGAUGAAUUAAGGUCUGUCAGCAUAGGAACCAGGGCAUUAUCCCAUGACAGUAUAUUUAUCCCAGGGGGUUCAUCAUCCAAUCAAACAACAGCACAAGUGACAUCUCAGCAAGGCAUCCCAGGAAAAGUUCGAACCCUUCAGCACCAGCUGGAAAGAAACAUUAAAUUUAGUCAACCACUACAGACUCUUACUGUGAAGAAAAUGGACAAUACCAGAGCCAAUGCAGAAGUUGAUGGGUCUUCCAGAAGUGCAUUAGAAGAAUGCAUCCAGCAAGAAAUCCAAUUACCAGGUUUGGGAUUCAGGGAUCCAACAGCUCGAUCAUCAAGGCCCACCAGCACCCCACCUUCUGCAAGCUCUGGUGGAACCAUUGAAUCGAUUAACCUUGAUGCAGUCCCACAGUCACUGAGCCGCCUCGACAACUCUGCAGCUAGGCACAAAAUUUCUGUCAAGCCACGGAAUCAAAGAGUCUCGAAGAAACGUGGGAGAUUGGCACGGGAGUUGCAGAAUGUGAUUGUUCAUGAAGUUGAAUGUGACCGAGAAGAAAAGGUGCAGAUUCAUGUGGAGAAUGGACAACAACAUUAUAAAGCAGUGGAAGGGAAACAAAAUGAAGAAAAAAGACAUCAAAACGAUGAGGAACAAAAAUGUAGAGAGGAUGCAAAGAAGUAUAAAUUCCAGGAAGAAGACCAAACACAAUAUGAAUUUGCAGAACAAAAGAGACUGGAAGAAGGACGAGAGCAGGAAGGACAAAGAGUAAUGGAGGAGCAAAAAAUACGACAGGAAGAAUGGAGAUGCAGAGAAAUGGAGAAUCAAAAAUUACGUGAGGAAGAGCAGAGACAAAGAGAAAUAGAGGAGCAAAAAUUGCGCGAAGAAGAGCAGAGACGAAGAGAAAUAGAGGAACAAAAAUUGCGUGAAGAAGAGCAGAGACGAAGAGAAAUAGAGGAUCAAAGAUUACUUGAAGAAGAGCAGAGGCAAAGAGAAAUAGAAGAGCAAAAAUUACAUGAAGAACAGAGACAAAGAGAAAUAGAAGAACGAAAAUUGCGUGAAGAAGAACAGAGACAAAGAGAAAUAGAGGAACAAAAAUUACUCGAGCAGAGGCAAAGAGAAAUAGAGGAGCAAAAAUUACAUGAAGAAGAACAGAGACGAAGAGAAAUAGAGGAAAAAAAAUUACGCGAGGAAGAGCAGCGAAGAGAAAUAGAAGAACGAAAGUUGCAUGAAGAACAAAGACAAAGAGAAAUAGAAGAACAAAAAUUGCGUGAAGAAGAACAGAGACGAAGAGAAAUAGAGGAACAAAAAUUACGCGAGGAAGAACAGAGACGAAGAGAAAUAGAGGAGCAAGAAUUGCGUGAAGAACAGAAACGAAGGGAAAUAGAGCAAAAAUUACACGAGGAAGAGCAGAAACAAAGAGAAAUGGAGGAGCAAAAACUUCGUGAAGAAGAGGAGAAGCAAAGAGAAACUGAAGAGCAAAAAUUACAAGAUGAAGAACAGAGACAAAAAAUAGAGGGGGAAAAAUUAAGCAAGGUAGAGCAACAGUGUCGUAAACUAAAAAGGGAAAAAGUUUGUCAAUUUGAGGAGGGACUUUGUGAAGAAGUGAAACAAAAUAGGGAACUAGAAAAGCAACAUCAUGAGAAAGUGAAUUUGAAAACAGAAAAAGAAGAAAGAUGUUUGGAGACGAAAGAGAUGUUUCAAAGUGAAGAGAAAGGAAAAUUGCAUCUUAGUGCUGCUGGAAACAAACAAUCUAAUGAAGAAGCACAAAGAAAAGAUUUGGAAAAGCAAAAUCAGCAGAAGGUUAAACAGCAGUCAGAUUUGCAGAAUCCACAAAGGGAAGAAGAAGAGAGGCAAAAUGAUGAUAAUGUGAUAAGUAAAGAAGAGCAACAAUCCCUUCAGGCACUGGAAGAGCAGCAACGAAGAGAAGAACUUAGAUGGAAAGAGCUGGAUGAAAGACAAACUACAUCACAGCCAUUUUCAUUUCAAGUUGCUUCAGGAGAGAAACAAAUCAUCUUUCCAAAAGUUAAUCUGACUCCUGUGACACAUCCAAGAAAAACUAUACCUUCAUUAGAUGCUACUGUUUUACAUUCUUCUCCGAAGUCAAGUAAAGGUCUCACCUCUUCAAGUUAUGUUCCUCACACAGCCAUUCUGGUCACUGGAGCUCAACUUUGUGGUACUGCUGUUGAUCUGAAACAGAUUAAAGAUACUGCCUGUAAGUCAUUGCUUGGUUUUUCAGAAGAGAAGAAAACCGUUGAUUUGCCAUUUAUUGAAAAAGCAAAUAAGUCAACUCCUGAUAUGAGGAGCAGAAUAGGAAAGUUGAAGUUCAAUGCAGGACAAUCACUUGAUGAGUCGAGAGCUUUAAAUGAGUGGGCUACCAUUAGGGCUAAAAUUCUUAAAAGUUCAAAUGAGAGACUGCAAGAAAAGGAAAGGAGGGUCCAUGGCAGAUUUAGUGAUGAUUGGACUACAUGCAAAGUACCAAGUGCCCAUGGCAGUUUGAGAAAAACUUUAUCUGCUAACGCAAAAUUUUCAAUAACACCCGCAUGGCAGAAAUGGGCAGAUGGCAAUAAAGUUAGUGAUAGUGUUAAAGAAAAUAUAUUUCAUGAAAAGGAGAAGCAAAAUACACCUGGCGAAAAUGUGCCUGUGGCUGAUUCCAUAAUGGAUUCUUUUGAACCCAGCAGGUCUUUGACAUCCAGAGAUAUUGAGCAGGAUGUAACCAAAGACUUAAAAGGUGGUUCACAGUCAGAAAAUCACAAUAUUAGGGUAACAGAUGCUGCUGAGGGUUGCAAGUUUGCCAAAGAUCUUCCAUCAUUUUUAGUUCCAAGUCUUCCUGCAACACCAAGGGAAGAGCGUUCACUGCCACAAGCUCAGCUCCCCAAUGGUAACCGAACAGCAGCAAAUGUGAUCUCUCAAACUGAGGGAAUGAUGGAUACAUCACCAUUUGGGAUAAAAUUACGGAGGACCCACUAUUCUCUUCGGUUCCACUAUGAGCAGCAAGGAGAACAAAAAAGGAAGAAGAGAUACAGUGCUGGAGAUAGUAUGGACGGCAUUCCAGCCUUCCUAGCUGCAAAAGGGAAAGAAAGUGAAUCAUGCACUGUUUCUGGUAAGCAAAGCUCUUGUACCACGAAUAAUAAGAAUAGUAAAAUGUUGAAAGACAGCUUAAGUAGUAUUUCAGACAUUUCACAGACCAGGAUUACACACCUAAGUAGUGCUGAUGUGGCAAAACAUAUUAAAAUUAAACUUGCCGCACUUUCGAAUGAGAAACUUUCAUCAAGACCACAAAUAUCUCAAAAACCAGCUUUAGCACCUAAGCCUACACAGUUCACUGCACCUCCAUCCCCUCACAGUACCUUAAACAAGACAGAUUUUAUUGACAUUGCAGAUCACAAAAACACAAAGUCUUCACUUGAUUCAGAUAUGAGAAAAGAAGAUGAGAAGAAUGGUACCUCAGUGCAAACAUGCAGAUUAAAGAAUGAAGAAGAAACAAAAGAUAAAAAAUCUCUUUUCCCAUUCAUCAACCUUCCAUGGAGGGCAGACAAAAAAACAGACUCCAUUCAGAAAGAAAAACCAAUUCUUCAAAGCAGACAUUCCCUGGACAGUUCAAGGCUUGUGGACAAGGUGGAAUCUGCCCAACCUCUAUGGAUUACAUUGGCAAUGCAGAAGCAGAAAGGAUUCCGUGAACAGCAAGCAAGCCGAGAGGAGAGAAGGCAGGCCAAAAUAGCUGAAAAACUGAUUAAGGGAAACAUAACAGUCUCCAGCUCUACAGACAUUAAAGCAGGCACCCAUUAUAUAAGUUCACUGAAGAAAUCCACUCAAGAUGAAGAAAAGAAAAUUGCAACCAAUAUUGUAUCCAAGGUGGAACGCCGUGAACAUCUGAAAAAAUCUGCCACACUCCCAACUUCUGUCACAGUUGAAAUUUGUGAUUCAGUAGCUUCAACUCCGCCAGUAAAGGAAUUGCCGAAGAGGUUCUCAACUCUUGAUGCAGCACCAGUAUCAGUGGAACCUGCCUGGUUAGCCCUUGCCAAGAGAAAAGCUAAAGCUUGGAGUGACUGUCCUCAGAUAAUUAAAUGACUCCAAAUCAUCUGGGAACUGCCACCAUGUCCUGUACAACCAUCACUAAAUAAAUAGUGCUAAAGUGUAUUUUUUGCAUAUAGAUCAACAAUUUUUUUAAAAAAUCGCUGCAUGUGCUGCAGACAUCACCUUUCACAGUAAGUCAAGAAUGCAAAUACUAUAUAGUUUGUAAAUGUAUAUUUCCAUUUGCAGGCUCUGUAGCUUUCUCAAUAUGCAGUUUAAAUUUGAACAUAAAGGAAUUGCAAUUGCCACUGUAUACAUUUAAAUGUGCUCUUCAAAUGUUUGAGGUCCAGCUGCCACCACUUAACUUAUCACCCAAAUUUUCUUCCAGAAAAGAUCUUUUGUUUGCUUUCAAAUUUCCUUUUGACUUGUAAUACUACAAGAUUUAAAAGAAUUCAAUGCAAUAUUAAAUAUUUUUAUAAUUAUAUAUGAAAUUUAAUUUUAUUUAUUAUAUUACAUGCCUGUGAUUCUAGAACACAAAGGUUUCCUCUUAAUUAUUAACUGGUUAAUAUGGUCAAUACAUAAAACAAGGUUUAGCGAUUAAUUAACUAUAUACCAGAAAACAAAUUUAAAAUGUCAAGAUAAUUAUAGUAACAAAUUACACAAGGUAAGUGAUGAAAAAUUAUUGCCUCCCUUACUCCAUUAUCAUUUAUGUUUUUUUUAUUUUUCCUGCUGAACAAAUUUUGUGUAAAGAAGAGGUCUAUAUGCUCAUUGAAUAUGAUUGUGAAGGCCUGCAUUGUAAAUUGUGCGCAUUUCCUCUGAAACAUAAUGGUAGUUUAUCACUUUAAGUCUGUCUCUGACUAUACAAGCAUGUUUUAUUUUGCACAUUAUGAGGAACAGUGUUUACAAAUGUGAUACUUGUAUACUGCUUCUCAAGUUAUUAUACCUAUGACUACUACAUCAGCCAAAUAAAUUGUACUCACUAAACAAUGGGCUUUUCAGAAAUAUCUUCAGCUGGAAGAAAUUUAAACAGGAUUUACUACUUUUUAUUUUUAUUACUGUGGAGGGGAAGAUCUUGACAUUAUUCAAUUGCAAAUUAGUUUCUUAACUGAUAUAUCUUGUAGUGAUUUUUUAAAAAUUGAUCCAUAUUUGAUAAAGUAGAUACUGCAGCAUUAAUACACAGACCUAACAUACAGGCCCUUUCUUCAAUCACUGUGGUUCAAAGUAUUCAUAAAUUCAAAAAUGAUUAUGCUAAAUUUGAAUUGCUCCAAGUGUAUUUUCCAUUAUUACUAUAAUAAACUUGCAAAGGAUGGUAAAAGACAAGAAACAAAUAGGAUUACAGUGAUCAAAAAGCAUCUGAAAUAGUGUAAUUAAUGAUAAUUUAAGAUGUAGUACAUGUAAAAAAAAAUUCAAUGGGUAAAUAGUUUAAUUAUUAGUUCCUAGUUAGUUAAACUAAUGUUCAUUAGCACUAGUUACAUGUCCUGUUCUUCAGGAAUCAAACUAACUGAAUGAGAAAAGCUGACUUUCAUUAAAUGUACACAGCCUUCAUUCCAACAGAAGUAAAAUAAUAUUCUGCCUACCUGAAUGUAAAAUUUAAAUUCACAGGAAUAAUCAGAUUUUACCUUUACCAGAAAGAAUAUCACCCUUCAAUGAGUUUCCAGCAAUGCUUUUAAAAACUAAGCAGUUAUGUUUGGAGAACAUCAAAGGGAAAACAGAUUUGUGACUGAAAUUAUGGCAGGAACUUUAGAAAUGGCAGUAAUUUUGCCUAUACUGCAUCCAAGAAUAGAAAAUAGCAAACUGGAUAAUUCAAAUUAAAUAGUCAUUCUUUCUUGCAUUAUAAUAUAUAAACAGCUAUCCACCACAUACUCUUGACCUGUAUUUCUUUUGCCAAUGUAUGCACAUUAUUAUGAUUUUUUAAAAAAAUUUUCAUGGAACUUGAUUUAGUCUGGUAUUUGAGAAGCUACCACUUGUUUCUUUUUCUUGAUGAAUUGAUGCACAUAUAAAACAAAGAUGGAAUUUUAAGUACUAUCUGAAAUAAUGUAAGUGUAUACCAUGCCAUUUGUUAUGUAAUUUCAUAAUAUGGCAUAAAAUAUCAAGAAAAAAAAACAAACUGCACAGUUUUUAUGUAGCAUGUCCAGAUAUAAACAUUAGCUUUUCUAAUACAGAAUUUCUUGAGCCUUCUAUUAAAACAUCUUUCCAGGUAGAAGGCACGUAAAUGCUAUUAUCAUGUUGUCAACAUACAGAUUUUCAUGAAUUUGAAUGAUAUAAUUCUGCUAUUUGAGCUUUAUAAAAGAUCAGAUUAAGUGUGAAAAACAAAAGUGCAAAUGUGCAUAUAGAGAUAUAUGAGGGGUGAUUGUUAAGGUAGAAGGAGUCAAUUUUAGAAAACCUAGCACAUUUAUUUUUCAACGUAGUCCCCUCCUACAUUUACACACUUAUUCCAGCG